GUUUGAACGGAGUCUAAACACAUGCAAAAAGUAAAUCGCCCACCACCCGACGCGGACACACGCCGAUUCCACAAGUGGCGGCGUGUUUUCACGCUGCGGGUCGCCGCUAACAUGAAACUCGCAUAUAAAACCGGGGUAAAAAACGGCGGCAAAAAGAGAAUGAACAAUUGGACGUAACAUAAGGGUGGCACGGUAUCAAAACUGCGUUUCUUGCGUCUCUGGGAGCUUUUAUAAAUGGGGGAUUUGAGGAAAAAACGGCAAGUGUCGGUCAGCGUUGUGCAGUGGUUAGGUCGUACGAUUUAAGGGGGAUGUUACGUCAAAUUCUCGACAUAGUUCCGCAAAGGUUAUGGCAAAUAACGACAAUUUUCAUAAUCCUUGGCAACAUGUGCAUGGACCCCAGACUGUCGAGGGGGACCCUGGAAGUGUCAGGGACGAGCACAACUGAUGAAUGUCAAGUGACCCCAGUAAUACACGUCCUGCAAUACCCGGGUUGCGUCCCCAAACCGAUUCCUAGCUUCGCGUGCAUCGGAAGAUGUGCCUCUUACAUACAGGUCUCCGGCAGUAAAAUCUGGCAAAUGGAACGAUCGUGCAUGUGUUGUCAAGAAUCUGGUGAACGAGAAGCUUCAGUCUCACUGUUUUGUCCGAAAGCCAAACCGGGAGAGAGAAAAUUCAUUAAGGUGACAACAAAAGCGCCUUUGGAGUGUAUGUGUCGUCCUUGUACAGGAGUUGAGGAAAGUGCCAUAAUUCCACAAGAAAUAGCUGGUUACGCUGACGAAGGGCCGUUGUCGAAUCACUUUUUGAAGUCGCACCAACAAUAAAUUCCUUGUGGAUUUUAUAAAUGUGUAUUAUCAAUAAACACUUUUAAAAAAUA